CAGCCUGCCAUUUUGUAAAAUAGAAGGGAGAUAAAAAAUAGUUUUAUGGUGUUAAAAUUUUACAUAAACGCCGUUGCCAUUUCUCUAAGGGCCCAUAACAAAUGUUUAAAUGGACGCAUCGUCCAUUAUAACUCAAGUGUCACGGGAUGACGAACAAUUAAACAACUAUGGAUCCGACAGAGGGCCACCCCCUGGCGGACAGCAUAAUGACGGCGAUGGCACACCUGUGUCGGGCUCAACACCCCUUGGCAGUAAGAAGUCGGGCGGGACCGGUGGCUUUCUGCGCUCGCUGCUAUGUUGCUGGCGGGGAGGCCGCGGAAAGGGCCCGCCCGGGAACGGUGCCAACAGCAUCGAUGGCAGGGCUUCGCCCCCGCUCCUGGUCAUGUCGGACCACAUACCACGACCUUUGUUACCGCAAGUGAGACAUCAGGACAUGCAUAAAAAGUGUAUGGUCAUAGACCUUGAUGAAACUUUAGUACACAGCUCCUUUAAGCCAAUAAACAACGCAGACUUCGUGGUGCCUGUGGAAAUAGACGGCGCGGUACACCAAGUGUACGUGCUGAAGCGGCCGCACGUGGACGAGUUUCUGCGACGUUGCGGAGAACUCUACGAGUGCGUACUGUUCACUGCGUCCCUCGCCAAAUACGCGGACCCCGUCGCUGAUCUAUUAGACAGAUGGGGCGUAUUCCGUGCGCGGCUGUUCCGAGAUAGCUGCGUGUUCCACCGCGGCAACUACGUGAAAGACCUCAACAGUCUCGGCCGCGACCUUCGCCGAGUUGUCAUCGUCGACAACUCGCCCGCCUCCUACAUAUUCCACCCGGACAAUGCUGUACCUGUAGCGUCAUGGUUCGACGACAUGACAGACUCCGAACUUUUGGACUUAAUACCGUUUUUCGAGAAACUGAGCAAGGUGGAUAGUGUGUACACAGUGUUGCGCAACUCCAACCACCCGUACAACCCCACCCAGAACAGCUCGCCGCCCACAUAGCCGCGGCCCCCGAGCCGAUCCCGCGCGCUCCGGGAACCGUCGCGGGUGCGGUACGUGCGCCGCGCGAUAUACGUGAGCGUGCCCGCGUCCGAGCACGCGCCACGCGAACCGGCGUUGCGCGUGCCCGAGCCACGCGAGCCAGUGUUGCGCGAGCACGUGAUGCGCGAGUACGUGUUGCGCGAGACGCGCGUUGGGCGCGAACUCGUGCCCGCCUCGGCCCGCCCGCUGACACUACUCGAGACGCUCAUCAAGAAAGGGGCGAACUUCGUCUUAAGUGCCAAUUUUGCCUUCUGGUUAGUAAGGACGUUAUUUGUACCUAUUUUACAUUUUAGGUAUUUCCUAGUGCGUAAGUGGUCUGUGUAGAUGUAUUGCGAACUGUUUUUUUUUAUCUACCCCCGAAUUUUCUUCAUAGGCGUUCACUGUGGUUUUAGGGUGGAGUUUUUAGGGCGUUAUUGAUUUUUCCGAAUGUUAAAUAGUUAAUAUUCCGAAAUAUACAACAUAUAACCGACGAUAAUUUACAAUCAAAAGUUCCAAUUAAAAAUAAUUCUCAUAUCAAUAGAAAAUUUUGAGUCAUAUUUUUAAAGUACCCAUAAACCCAACCCAACCCAGUAACGUCUAUGUUUCUCACUGAGCUUCCGUGACUAGCAAUGUGCGUUUAACUGUCCGAAUGUUUGUAAAUUAACACUACGACUUUUAAAGAUUCGAUGUUUUAUAAAAAGAUAAGCGAAAACGAUUUUUAACUUUUUUAUAAUAUCGUGCUUGGGAACAAAUAUAAGUAAGUUAGGGUAUUGCAGCCGGUAAAAUAAUUGGGGAUGUUCGGAUAUUACGUGAACGUGAUUUCAUUGAUCACCCAUCCCCCGUAAAGAUACCGUUCCGCUACCAAAAAAACCGUGAUAACUAUCUUGAAGUUCUAUCUUUUAAACGAGAAGCAUUGUGAAAGGGAUAGCACUUUAUAGUGCGUUUUCAUUGGUUGAUAGGAUAUCGGCUGCGGGGAUUCCCGGUAUAUUGUGGUAAAUCUUUCAGUUCUGAAAAUUAAGUUUCAGAUCUCGGGGCAACAAAUAAAUAUUAUGUAAUUCACUAUUAUUAUAGUUGUAUAUCUUAUUGUUGUUGACAAACUAGGCGUUACUAACGCCCUGUGCUUGUCAGCAAAUGUCAGCAACCGGUCCCGCCUCUGAAGAACGUUUACGUUAUAUCCGAAAGUGUCCUUACGUUGCUAUUAUGGGAAUUGUUCGACUUGGUUUGCUUUUUCUAAAAAAAAAAAAGAACUUUAAAACCUAUAGACUCGAUGUAAUCACGAAUUUUUGCGAUUCGGCUGUUAUUUACACGUAAGUUUUACCCAGCCGUACGGUAGUGUAUAUAUUAUAAUAUUUUUAUCAUGUAUGUAUUUAUAAUCAAGGUAUAUGGUAAGCACUUUUACUUCUCUCGAUCAGGUGAAAAAUUUAUCUUUGAAAUUUUCGCCAUUUCCUGUCGACGAGUGCAAAAUUUUGAGUAUAAAUGGUGUCAAGUAAAACAGCGCUGACGGUCUUAACACGCAUUGGUCGAUAAUCACAAAAGCAUGAGAAUUAUCUGUUUAAAGCGUUACGCUUAUUAUGUACAUUUUUUAUGUUUUCCCUAAGUUUAAUGUUUUCUUUUUACAAUUAGAUAAAAUUAACAACGUGCUAUGAUUGUUUUAGUUAUGCACUAAGCGGUUUGAUUGUCAGCGCUCAUUUUACAGGGCAGCUAUAUAUAACCGAUUAAUUUAACGUUCGUUCACAUAACUCAAGUUUUUAAAAACGUCCCGCUAAGCGAUUUAGCGUUCCGGUAAAAUGUCGCGCAGAAACCUAUCGGAAGUAUGAGUUUAUAUAACUGCGAUACCCCUACAGGUUAAAUAUCUUAGACUGCAUCAUCACUUACCAGCAGGUGUGUUUGCAGUCAAGGGCUAAUAUGUAGUGAAAUAAAAAAAAUUGAGAUGCUGGAAUUAAGAGUACUUAAAUAAAACUCAACGUCCGUACACUGCACGGUCCUCUGUCAUGUGUAAAAGCAAGGGCAGCUCAUCUGAUACGCAAUGCUUUUUCUUCUUCUUUCUAAUAUGAAAUCACUUUUGACAGAAGGAGAGAAAAUGAUGACUAAUCGGAAUCUGCCUGUCCCAGUGAAUGUACAAUAACAACAAUCUAUAUCUCGUCCAAUCGAUUUUAUUUGAGAACAUUUUAUAUACAGUUUAAUUUUUAAACACACAGUUUUAAUAUUACAGGAAAUUCUUGACGGAACUGUUGGUAAUUUUACACCUGAUUGGGAGAAGCGUUAAUACUAUUCGGUAUAUAUUCGAUCAACUAAGGUUCAACGCAGACCCAUGGUAAAACUCCGCUCGCAUGCUCUAGCAGAUACCCGAGACAUUAAGUCAUGUCCAGAUAUGUAUUAUUCGCCCGAUCCGAGCACCGUAUCCUUUAAUCGUACCUUAUUAUGCUUCUUACCUCACUGUUAACGCCUUUUAGUUUGUUCCAGUAACCUUAGUAUAGUUGCUCGCAAUCGAGGAGCCGUGUUCGUUUACGGAAAUACUUGAACCUCUGAUUAAAAUGGAUGUUAAUUGUAUUCGUGUAAAGCUCAAAUUUGCCUACAAUUCUUGAGCUCGGGCUUUUGACAUCGUUGUAAAACAAAAAUCACAAGUACAAGAUUUUAGACUCUAAAACAAGUAACAUAAGCUCCAUUUUACUUUGACGGUACAGAGUUUCUGAGAUCUAAGGACCAGACCUACAAGACGACAGUCUCCUUUCAGAGUGUGACGGGUUUAAGUUGCAGUUGGCCGCUUGCCUAAUGCGGACAACUAGUAGCGGUAGGCUCCACACGCCUUCAGUCAGGUUUCGUCACGAUGUUCGCUUCACUUGUAAAGCAAGUAAUAUUUAAUGGUUCAAAUUAAAAACGCACAUAUCGGAAAAGUUACAGGUGCGAAGGUCUCCCCGAAAGCGAGGCCGAAGUAGUAACCUAUUGGCUAUGACUCCGUAUCUAACAAAAUUUAUUUUUAUUCCUCUGAUACUUUUGACUUUGAUGAUCAGUCGUAUGGGCCAUAUCAUGUAUCGUAUCACAUCGGCGUUUGAAACCCGCGUAUCAUGAUUACGUUUUAUCAACCGUCCACAUAUGCGAUGAUACGUUUCGUUGUUCAGAUACAGUAGAAAGUUCGGUAAAAUUAAAAAUAUCUGUAUCGGGCUUUAUAAUCGAAUAUUCUACUUAUCGAAUUCAUAUACAGUAAGUAAUUGUAUAUGGUGGGUCUAUGCUCCGAAACCCAUUGCACAGCAGCAGCAGAUUCAGAUGAUGGCAAAUUUAAAUUUAAAAAAAAAUAUUGUUUCCGUCUGCGUCUAUCCAAAAUCUACUGUUUGUCAAUACUAUUUACAACUCUAUAUAAAUUGAACAAGGACUAUAUUUAGUUAUUUGCUGUAAAGUGCUCGAGCAUGCUCUCGCAGUUUGUCGCCUGCCUGCUUUAGUUCAUGUGAUGUACAUAAAGUAUUGUAUUAUAAUAAGAAUUAAGGGUCAUAGCAGCUGAAUGAUGUAAGCACUGUAGAUUGUAUAGUAACCGCACCGAUCUAAAGCCAGUGUUACAUAGUUUAAACACAUAAAAAUUAUGUGUAUAAAAUUACCUUUUGCAAAUAAAUAACCCUAUUCGCUUCUAUUCGAUUCAAUCUUAAUCUGACAUAUUCAUAUUUUUAUACAAAAUUGACAGCUUAAUAGCAUUACAAUUAGGCUAUAGUAUUCAGUUAUGAUUUUUAUACACGUUAAAUUAUGAAAUUAUUUAUCUUUUGUAAAUUUGGUGGUAGCGAAUAAGCUUUAGCAAUUUAGUAUGACGUAAUAAUGAACGGUGUGAAUGAAAUAUUUAAUAUAGAAAUGUGAAAAAUACAGAACUCUUAUGAAUUAUUUAUAUGUGACAUAUUAUUGAUAAAAUAAAUUAAAAUGACUUACAUAAUAUACUUCUACGACUUUCAAUGAAAUGCCAUAUUUCUAUUUGUCGAUGUCUUCAGUGUAACAUUAGCUUUAGAUUGAGGUCUGUGCACGUAAGCGUUGAUGUGAUCAGUUUUACAUUAUCAUAAUGUAUGCAUACUGUACAGUGUGCACAUACCUUUUAUUUGCGAUAUAUGAAAUUAUCUGAAAUAAAAAAUAUUUUUAAACGCUUUAGAGACAAUAAACGAGUCAAUCGAGUCUGUGUCAUAGAAGUCUUUAAAGAAAAUACGAAUUACGAAAAUUUCUUCACAAUAUUGAGUUGCUAAUGUGUACGCAGCUUUAUAGAUACGGGCUGUAUACAGUAUGAUUCUUAACUAAGUAAGGAAAUAAUAAAAAAAUGGAUUUGAUCAACCAACCGAGUUAAAUAACAUGAUGAUAUUUUUAUACGUAUUUAAUAUUUUUCAAUUCAUGUGUUCGGUGGAAGUCAGUAUUUUGCAGCACAAAUGUAUGGCGCGGUUAAUACAGAUGUGGUGCCCACGCCUUGUUUAUUAAUGUGUACAAACUAUGUUUUGAAGAUUUGUUCCUAAAAAAAUAGCUCAAUUUGCCCAGAAUUAUCGGUCGUUUAUAGAAAUAAAAAAUAUUGAAAAUCAACACUGUUACCCGGGACGAAAAAAAAAGGGUAAUUACAUAAAAAUUUUUAGUAUAACACACAUUUUUCAUAAGUUACUAUAAAUGUAACAAACUUUUCCUCAAAAUUUAAUGCUCGUAUGUAUUUUAACAUACAGCGUAC